CAUUUGAACAACGAGCAUGCUCUGGAUGACCGCAGCACGGCCCAGUGCAGGGUGCAGAUGCAGGUGGUCCAACAGCUGGAGAUACAGGUGGGCUACACACACACACACACACACUCUCUCACACACACACACACAUAGCCACUCUCUGUGUCUGUGGCUUGUCUGAGCCAGGGCGGGGGUUUAGAGAAAGCACUGGAGCUUGUAAUUUAAAAGAGGAAAUCUGCCAUCACAGGCCCCAAUUAUAAAGCUCCCAGUCCAGUCCCUCUUUACUGGGAGAGGAGGGGAGAGUACUGGGGAGAAGGACGGAGGUGGAGGAGGAGACUUGAUUCAGCCAUCUCCCCCCUAAUUCUACCCAGCUAUACCACUGCAUUGGAUGAUACAGUAUCAUGUUUCUCAUACUGUAGUACCCCACAAAGGCAAAAGACAUCAGAGAGACAAAUAAAGAUGAUGAAGUGUAUGGGUGUGUUUGGAGUUGUUUCCAGCCUGGCUGUUAGGCACAUCCCACUUCUCUCACAGCAGCCAAACACACACACUCCCAGAAUAUCCCCCAAACAGCCUGGUGGUAAGCCCAGGGUGUUGGGGCUGGAGCUGGGGUUAGGGUUAGCUGUGGCCCUGGUCCCACUGGUAAACAGCGUUUAGCCCCACGCCUGAAGCCACCGCUGGGGAACAAAAAGUGACAGAGAGGCAGGCGGUGUCACAUCACAUCAGGCCUCCGGUCCUCUGCCAUGUCAACUACCUCAGCCAGGCACAGGCACCACUACUCACUCCACCCUCUACUGCUCUGUUAUAGUACCUACACACAGAUACACACACACACACACACACACACACACACACACACACACACACACACACAAUUCACUCAAUGCUGCCCGAAUACACAGCCUACUGCUGGUCUCAUUCAGCCAGCUUCUGCAGGCCUCUCUCUCUCACACACACACAUUCUCUCAUAAACACACACUCCUGGUUUGUUGGCUGUCUGACUGAGCGAUCUCUCAGUGGAGAUGCAGGGUAGCAUUUCCACAGGCUACGAGAGUAUACACACACAUACAGACACACACACACGUUUCCGCAUGCUAUUGCACAGCAGCUCCCACUAAACAGCAGUUAGCAAUGUCAAACGGGGACUAGUGUAUCUGUAGGGUAGUGUGUGUGUGAGUGUGUGUAUAACGUUUGAGAUAGUGUUAGGUGUGUGUGGGGAGGGGAGGGGGUUCCCAUCUCUUUCUCUCUGCCUGGGGAUACUGGUGCUGUGAGACAGUGAGAACAGCCCAGAGACACACACACACUACACACACACUACACACACACUCACACACACUCACACGCACUCACACACACACUACACACGUGCUAAAUCAUAGACGAAGGGGAUGCCUCUUUCUCUCACACAAACAUAUAUAACUUCACACCCUCCCUCUUUUUUAAAUAGCUGUGUUUUACUGGUGUAAUGGGAGGCAUUGACACUGAUGUGGCUUGACUGGAUAUUAUCUAGAGUCCACACUGUGAGAAGAAGCAUUAGAUUAGGUCUAUAGUCUAUAAACAUCAAGACAAACAGUGUUGGUUUGAAUGGGGCUUGAGUCUAGAUGUGUGAAUGGGGCCUGUAAUAAAGUUGUAGAAUGACUAAUUUUCCUUACUACUGUGCUUCUCUACUAUUACAAUAGUAAUCAGUGACUAAAACAGUGUAAUUUCACUGUCUUUGUGUGUGUGUGUGUGUGUGUGUGUGUGUGUGUGCGUGUGUGUGUGUGUGUGUGUGUGUGUGUGUGUGUGUGUGUGUGUGUGUGUGUGUGUGUGUGUGUGUGUGUUUCUCAGCUGUCCAAGGAGAGUGAGCGACUGCAGGCCAUGAUGACUCACCUGCACAUGCGCCCAUCGGAGCCAAAGCCUUUCAAUCAACCUGUGAGUACCUGACCUCUCACCUUUCACCUCUCACCCCUCACCUCUCACUGUGCUAUAGCAGAUGCUACUGAGGUGUAUUUGUGUUUCUGAGAGUUUUGGGGGGUGGGUGUCCAGUCAGGCUUGGUGUUUGCACCCUAGUUGAUCAGUUUUACAAAUUAGGAUUACAAAUGUGGACUACAAUUUAUUUAUCCAUAUAUUAGGGUUAUCUAUAGCAUUGAUUAUUAGUUUACAAGAUAUGUAUACAGCCUGUUGUUCUUGAUUCAUAUAUGAGCAGAGGUCCCUGUAAUAAACUAUUUGAUAAUGGAGUAAAAAUGUGAUAAUAAGAAUAACAUUAUGAAAAAAGACACAAGCUUCCUCCAAAUAAAGUAUUGAAAUGUGUAUGUGUGUGCGAGCCAUCAGACAGUCUGCCCUGUUGAUGGAUGGAGCUGUGUGUCUCUGGGCAGGCAGGCAGGGCUGUUAUUAGGUAUCUAAUGAAUAUUUCAUUAUUCAGAUUGACGAGGAGUCUUAUUAAAAUAUGAAGAUGUUGAAAUUAAUUGUCAAUUAGAAGUGGAGUGUCUUAAUUUGAGGGGAUGUAAAUGGUUGCAGUGGAGUGGAGUGGCAGGACGUGUGUGUGUGUGUGUGUGUGGAGACAAAUGCAGAGCAUCAGCUGUCAUUAGCACCUUAUGGGAAAUCAGGAAGAGGCGUGUCCUUUGUUGUCACGGGAGACAAGCCUGGGGGUCAAAGAUUGGAGGAGGGGGGUGGAGGGGAGGAGUCUUCAUAAUGGAAACAAAGCUUGCCCUCAAUUAAGAGGGUUGUGGUGUUGCCUUGGUGAUGUGGCAGGUCCACAGCUAAUGGAGUACCUGUUUAACAGGGGGAUGGAAAGAGAGGAGGGAAGGAGAGAGAAAGAAGGGCUAGAGAGAAAGAGGCAGAUUUCCAGAGCUAAUGAAGUAGCAGUUAAACAGGCCUGACCCCUAAUCAGUCAGAAUGGUUCAGACCACUCCUCUGGAGCAGAGAGAUGGAGGACAAAUAGGGGGUGGGGGCUGGUCAUGACUGGAAAGAGAAGAGAAGGAGAAAGAGGAGGGAAGGUGAAGAAGAGAGAGAUGGGGAGAGAGAAAAAGGAAAGAAGACUGGUUGAGAUAAUCAGAAUACCCCCCCCCCCCCCUCUCUCUCUCGCUCUCUCGCUCUCUGUGUCUCUCUCUCUCUCUCUCUCUCUCUCUCUCUCUCUCUCUCUCUCUCUCUCUCUCUCGCCCUCUCUCUCUCUCUCUCUCUCGCCCUCUCUCACUCUCUGUCUGUCUGUCUGUCUCUCUCUCUCUCUCUCUCUCUCUCUGUGUCUCUCACACACACACACACACACACAUACACAAUGGUUUUAAUUAGCUCUAAACUAGCAGCCCUUGGAAAAGUGUCCCUGAGCGACUCAGAGGACUGGUUUCCAGUUCCCAUUGCUCCUGUGCGCUCUGCCUAAUUGGGCCGAGCUGGGCCAUGAAGAGAGCGUGCCACCGCUGUGUGUGUGUCUGUGUGUGUGUGACCACAGAGGCCCCCACGCACACACUCCUAUAUCUUGCUUUCUUUUGUUUUUGUUGAGGACUAAUUGCAGUGUGUGUCUAUGUAACUGAGUCUGAAGUAUUUGUUUUGUUCUCCACUAGCAGAGUUGAUGAUCUUAUGAUAGAUUCUCUUUGUGCCAGCUGGCAUCGCUCAUGUCUCUGUGUCUCUGUGUUUAUGUGUAUGAAAGGAUUGGAUAAGUCUAAGCAGCAUAACUAACUGUCCAUCUAUCCUACCAGAGGGCAAGGUGGAACGAUGAAUCGUGAUGAUGAUGGUCCCUAUUUGAUGAUCUCACAUCCUGUUCCUCCCCAGCUGAACCUGGCGUCCAGUGGCUCCCUGCUGAAGAGGGAGAGUGAGGCGUACCCCGAGGGUCUACCUCACCCCCCCACCUCCGCCGCCGCCCCUAUCACCCCGCUCCGCCAGGGCCCCUCUGUCAUCAGCUCCUCCAGCCUGCACUCACACUCACACUCACACUCACACUCACACUCACACUCACACCCGCACGGCGUGGGACCCAUACGCAGGCGCAACGCUGACAAGUUCUGCACCCCCAUCGCCUCAGGUAUACGAGAGGGUAUGCAUACAACCCUCAAACACACACACUUGUGUACACACAAAAAUUGAAAUCUAUACAAGCAUACUGGUAUACACAUGCUCACAUAAACUGACACACACACACCUAUCUAGGACUAACACAGUGUGUUUUGUCUCUGUAGAGCUGGCACAGAACUGUGAGUUCUACAAGAACGCUGAUGUCAGACCUCCCUUCACCUACGCCUCUCUCAUACGCCACGUAAGUCUCCACUCCUCCUAUUAUCAUUUUCUCUUCCUGUCAUCUCCUCUCAUCUUGCUUUCCUCCUUCCCUACCCACUCAAAUUCUCUCCCCUCCUCUUCCAUCCUUCCUCUGCUCUCUUUUUUGUUUUGUGAACCAUUGGUAGCUCCGUUGAGACGUUGUCUAAUGUUGUCCCCUCUCUGUCUCUCUCUAGGCCAUUCUGGAGGCUCCAGACAUGCAGCUGACUCUUAAUGAGAUUUAUAACUGGUUUACGCGAAUGUUCGCCUACUUCAGGAGAAACACAGCCACAUGGAAGGUGAGUCCACACACAUUCUUACACACACACUCCUCCGCAUACACAUGUGGUCACUCACCUACUGUAGACACACAAACACAUGUACACACUAUGAACAUCCACACACAAAGAUUAGACAAUAUUCCUCCUCACACACACACCCACACACUCACACACUCGGCAGCCUCAAAAACUGACAUGGCCAUUGAAACACCAAGCUGUUUUGAUGAUUAUAAGCCAUUUUACCCACAAUGCCCUGAGUGGAGUGUGUGUGUGCGUAAGUGUGUGGACUCACUCCACGUGGCUGUGUUUCUUCACAGAGAGGUGUUAGAUUUGAUUUACCCCACCUCCAUCCUCCUCCCUCCUUCCCUCUCUCUUCUUCCCUCCCUCCCUCCAUCCCUCCCUUCCUUCCUUCCUCCCUCCCUCCCCCCUCUUUUUCUUCCCUCCCUCCCUCCCCCCUCCAUCUCCCUUCCCUCCCCUCCCUCCCUCCCUCUUCUUCGCUCCCUCCUGGUCUUCCGGAGAGUUCUGUGGCCUACGAAGACGGUUCCACUUAACUCAGUGGAAACACACCUCACUAUCACACAGCGUCAUUACAGAGUCACAAACACUCAAUGGCUUCUCACACACACACAUUCUCACACACACACUCUCGCAGUCUAUGACUCACACACACACACACACUCACACACCUGUCUGGAACGUGACUGUGUAGGUGCUGACCCAUUUCUACUGAAGCCUCCAUCUAAUUUGAGUGUCAACUCCUCCAGAGAGAAAGAGGGAGAGGGAGAAGGAGCGAUAGAGAUAGACGAGAGGAGGGGUGAAGAGGGGGUGUCACGGCCCGAGCCUUGCACUAAUAGCCUUGAACUGAGGUGCGGAGGGAGAGCGGGAGAGAGAAAGGGAGGGCGAGAGAUGCCAGGAAUAUCUUUGCCUCCGCAUCUCACUUUUAUGAAAUUUAGCAAAUCAUAUAUUCUUCCUCUCUACCUAGACCCGGCCCUUUAAAUAUAUAUCUAUCUACCUUUAUAUAUUUAUAUAUGUAUGAAAUGUCUGGAGGUUUGGCCUGUAUUAAAUAUAGAGAAAGAUGUAUGUCCUUUAAUGGGCCUGGAUAUUUUAUGUGGAGAGAAAGUGUCAGCCUCUGGAAGUCAUUGAUCAGAGAGAGAGAGGGAUGACUGUCCAGUCAGAGUUAAACAGAAUGUGAUUUAAUUUCUCCAAGGUUCUGAAUAUGGUUGAGAGGGUCACAUUCAAAAGCAUAUAGGCUCGUCCAAUAAGAUCAUUUUAGAGUCUGUCUUGAACUUUUGGUGCCAACAUGGUACUUGAAGGGGUGUAUGCUGAAAGGUAAGAACUACAAAAGUCUGUUGUGUGGGCGCUGUGACACACACACGCCACCUCCCAUUUGACCCACGCCCCUACCCAUCACCCUUUUCUCUAACAGCCCUACCCUCCUCUCCUCACCCCCAGUCUCAUUCUUACCCCUCUAUACCCCCUCCCCCUAACUGUACCCUUACCUUUCUCCAAUACUACCGCUAGCCUUACCCCUCUUUUCCACCUGUCUCCCUUCUCCCCGUCCCCUCCCCUCAACUCCCCUUUCCCACACUCACCCCUACCCCUCUCUACACGUCACUCUCUCUCUCCCCUCUCCUCUCCCCAACCUCUCCAGGGUGUGUUGUGUUUAUGUGUGUCUGUCUGGGGGGAGGGGGGGACGUGUGCUGUGACCUGCUGUAAAUGACUGCUAAUGUUUUAACUGGGAGAAUUAGGCUUUCAUCACGGAGCCAAAUGCAAAUAGCAGUGAAUAGCAGAGGAGCCGCGAUGGAGGGGUGGCGGGCUGAGAUUGGGGUCAUACUCAUUUACAAAACUGAGCAUCGCAACUCGAAGGAGAGAGGGGAAGGCGGGGAGGGGGCUGAUUAUGGCUCGUGUAAUUACGUGUGUGUGUGUGUGUGUUAUUGUGUGUGUGUGUAAUUACGGUGAGGAGUGAUGCACGCUCUGCCUGUCCCUCCCUCAUGGAUUAAAAAAGCAUGUCAGAGAAAAUAUGCAGGAUUUAAUUAUAGACAAAUUAAAAUUGGUAAUGAAAUUGGGCAUGAACAAACUACAAACAGCAGAUGAAAAGGGAGGACUGUCCCUAGGGGAGUGAGCCGCAGAUAGUGGUGUGUGUGUGUGUGUGUGUAUGUGUAUGUGUAUGUGUUUGUGUGUGUAUGUGUGUGUGUGUGUGUAUGUGUAUAUGUAUAUGUGGGGGGGGCGGGGGCAUGGGUGGAUGGAUUGUGGCUGAUUACAGAAAUGUAAAAAAAUAAAUAAACGGGAGAGGAUGCACAUCCUUGUCAUAUUUUUCACGCCCCGGACAAAAGUGUUUUUCUGAGUAGUGCGUGUGUGUGUGUGUCUACGCCAUGCUUGGUUCUCUUCAGUGUAACUGAAAAUAACCAUUACAGAGUGCUGUUUUUAGGCACGAAUUCCGCGUGUUUAUGAAAGCAAAUUAUUCUUCAAAUCGGAUGGUCUUUAUUUCCUUCACUCUCCCCCCUCUCUCUAUCUCUAUCUCCCUCUCUCUAUCUCUAUCUCCCUCUCUCUAUCUCUAUCUCUAUCUCCCUCUCUCUAUCUCUAUCUCCCUCUCUCUAUCUCUAUCUCCCACUCUCUAUCUCUAUCUCCCUCUCUCUAUCUCUAUCUCCCUCUCUCUAUCUCUAUCUCCCUCUCUCUAUCUCCCUCUCUCUAUCUCUAUCUCCCUCUCUCUAUCUCUAUCUCCCUCUCUCUAUCUCUAUCUCCCUCUCGCCGUCUCUUUAUUUUCCUCUGUUCAGAAUGCUGUGCGCCACAACCUGAGUCUGCAUAAGUGUUUUGUGAGGGUGGAGAACGUGAAGGGGGCCGUGUGGACUGUGGACGAAGUAGAAUACCAAAAGAGGAGACCACCAAAGAUGACCGGGUACAAACUCCUCACACACAUUUAUCUGCCUGCCUGCCAGCUCUGGCUCUGUUGGAUGAUAUGCAUACAGUGCCUUCAAAAAGUAUUCAUACACCUUGACAUGUUCCACAUUUCGUUGUGUUACAGCCUGGAUUCAACACACAAUACCCCAUAAUAAUAAGAAAUGUAGAAAUGUUUGCAAAUGUAUUGAAAAAAAAAUAUAUAUAUAUAUCUGAUUUACAUAAGUAUUCACACCCCUAAGUCAAUACUUUGUAGAAGCACCUUUUGCAGUUAUUCCAGCUGUGAGUGUUUCUGGGUAAGUCUCUUAGAGCUUUCCACACCUGGAUUCUACAAUAUUUGCCCAUUAUACUUUUUAAAAUUCUUCAAGCUCUGUCAAGUUGGUUGUUGAUCGUUGCUAGACAACCAUUUUCAAGACUUGCCAUAGAAUUUUAAGCUGAUUUAAGUCAAAACUGUAACUUGGCCACUCAGGAACAUUCAAUGUCGUAUUGGUAAGCAACUCCAGUGUAGAUUUGGCCUUGUGUUUUAGAUUAUUGACCUGCUAAAAGGGGAAUUAGUCUCCCAGGUUUUCCUCUAGGAUUCUGCCUGUGAUUAUAGCUGUAUUUCGUUUAUUUUCAUCCUAAAGAAUUCCCUAGUACAUGCCGAAGACAAGCAUACCCAUAAUAUGAUGCAGCCACCACCAGGCUUGAAAUCAUGAAAAGUGGUACUCAGUGAUGUGUUGUGUUGGAUUUGCCCCCAAUAUAACGCUUUUUAUUCAGGACAAAAAGUUCAUUUCUUUGCCACAUUUUUUGCAGUAUUACUUUAGUGCCUUAUUGCAAACAGGAUGCAUAUUUUGGAAUAUUUGUAUUCUGUACAGGCUUCCCUCUUUUCACUCUGUCAUUUAGGUUAGAAUUGUGGCGUAACUACAAUGUUGUUGAUCCAUCCUCAGUUUUCUCAUAUCACAACCAUUAAGUUCUAUAACUGUUUUAAAAUAAUCAGUGGCCUCAUGGUGAAAUCCCUGAGCAGUUUCCUUCCUAGGAAGGACACCUGUAUCUUUGCAGUGACUGGGUGUAUUGAUACACCACCCAAAGCCUAUUUAAUAACUUCACAAUGCUCAAAGGCAUAUUCAGCGUACAUUUUUACACAUCUACCAGUCUGUGCCCUUCUUUGCGAGGCAUUGAAAAACCUCCCUGGUCUUUGUGGUUAAAUCUGUGCUUGAAAAUUCACUUCUCGAUUGAGGGACCUUACAGAUAAUUGUAUGUUUGGGGUAAAGAGAUGGGAUAGUUAUUCAAAAAUCAUUUACAUUUUAGUCAUUUAGCAGACACUCUUAUCCAGAGCGACUUACAGUUAGUGAAUACAUAUUUUUUUUAUACUGGCCCCCCGUGGGAAUCGAACCCACAACCCUGGCGUUGCAAACGCCAUGCUCUAUCAACUGAGCUACAUCCCUGCUGGCCAUUCCCUCCCCUACCCUGGACAAUGCUGGGCCAAUUGUGCGCCACCCAUGAGUCUCCCGGUCGCGGCCGGCUGCGACAGAGCCUGGAUUCGAACCAAGAUCUCUAGUGGCACAGUUAGCACUGCGAUGCAGUGCCUUAGACCACUGCGCCACUCAGGAGCCCCAUGUUAUUAUUGAACAUGGAAUGAGUCCAUGCAACUUAUUAUGCGAUUUGUUAAGCACAUUUUUAAUCCUGAAUUUAUUUAGGCUUGCCACAACAAAGGGGUUGAAUAUUUAUUGACUCAAGACAUUUCAGCUUUAAUUGUUUUAUUAAUUUCUAAAAUGUUCACAAAAAAACAUUAUACUUUGACAUUAUGGGGUAUUGUGUGUAGAUCAGUGACACAAAAUCUCAAUGUAAUCAAUUUUAAAUGCAGUCUGUAACACAACAAAAUGUGGAAAAAGUAAAGGGGUGUGAAUUAUUUCUGAAGGCACUGUACAGUAUGUGUGUGUGAUGUGUGUGUGAGGUUAUACAGUGGGGGAAAAAAAGUAUUUAGUCAGCCAUCAAUUGUGCAAGUUCUCCCACUUAAAAAGAUGAGAGAGGCCUGUAAUUUUCAUCAUAGAGAUUUUUUUUUCUCCAGAAAAUCACAUUGUAGGAUUUUUAAUGAAUUUAUUUGCAAAUUAUGGUGGAAAAUAAGUAUUCGGUCACCUACAAACAAGCAAGAUUUCUGGCUCUCACAGACCUGUAACUUCUUCUUUAAGAGGCUCCUCUGUCCUCCACUCGUAUUAAUGGCACCUGUUUGAACUUGUUAUCAGUAUAAAAGACACCUGUCCACAACCUCAAACAGUCACACUCCAAAUUCCACUAUGGCCAAGACCAAAGAGCUGUCAAAGGACACCAGAAACAAAAUUGUAGACCUGCACCAGGCUGGGAAGACUGAAUCUGCAAUAGGUAAGUAGCUUGGUAAAAAGCCUACCAUCAGUAACACACUACGCCGCCAGGGACUCAAAUCCUGCAGUGCUAGACAUGUCCCCCUGCUUAAGCCAGUACAUGUCCAGGCCCGUCUGAAGUUUGCUAGAGUGCAUUUGGAUGAUCCAGAAGAGGAUUGUGAGAAUGUCAUAUGGUCAGAUGAAACCAAAAUAGAACUUUUUGGUAAAAACUCAACUCGUCGUGUUUGGAGGACAAAGAAUGCUGAGUUGCAUCCAAAGAACACCAUACCUACUGUGAAGCAUGGGGGUGGAAACAUCAUGCUUUGGGACUGUUUUUCUGCAAAGGGACCAGGACGACUGAUCCGUGUAAAGGAAAGAAUGAAUGGGGCCAUGUAUCGUGAGAUUUUUGAGUGAAAACCUCCUUCCAUCAGCAAGGGCAUUGAAGAUGAAACAUGGCUGGGUCUUUCAGCAUGACAAUGAUCCCAAACACACCGCCCGGGCAUCGAAGGAGUGGCUUCGUAAGAAGCAUUUCAAGGUCCUGGAGUGGCCUAGCCAGUCUCCAGAUCUCAACCCCAUAGAAAAUCUUUGGAGGGAGUUGUUGCCCAGCGACAGCCCCAAACAUCACUGCUCUAGAGGAGAUCUGCAUGGAGGAAUGGGCCAAAAUACCAGCAACAGUGUGUGAAAACCUUGUGAAGACUUACAGAAAACAUUUGACCUGUGUCAUUGCCAACAAAGGGUAUAUAACAAAGUAUUGAGAAACUUUUGUUAUUGACCAAAUACUUAUUUUCCACCAUAAUUUACAAAUAAAUUCAUUAAAAAUCCUACAAUGUGAUUUUCUGGAUUUCUUUUCCUCAUUUUGUCUGUCAUAGUUGACGUGUACCUAUGAUGAAAAUUACAGGCCUCUCUCAUCUUUUUAAGUGGGAGAACUUGCACAAUUGGUGGCUGACUAAAUACUUUUUUUCCCCACUGUAGGUGUUGGCAUGUAUGAUUGUGUCCCAUGAUUACCAAGGGGUUAACCAUGGAGUCAAACAUAAAUCCUGCUAUGUCAGUGUGUGUGUGUGUGUGUGUGUGUGUUUCAUAUCUGAGUGUGUGUGUGUAUGUAUUUCCCAUUUGUCGACACAUUACUGUGCGGCUGUCUAUGAUGCAGGUUUGUUAGCAUGUGUAAUCAAAUCUUCACACACACAGAGGACAGAGGCUUGUUAGCGUGUGUAAACAGCUUUUCUUUCCAAUUUCCAGAGAAAUCAGGACAAAUUACACAAUCAAACACACAUACACAUAAACAUGCCUGCACAACAGAUAUCAGAGACUGGGAACCGCUGUGUGUGUGUGUACAGCAUCUGUUUACAGUAUGUGUGUAUGUUUCUGUGUGUAGCGGGUGCGUUUGUUACACUUGUUAGUUGUUUUUGGCUGAACCAACGUUUCUGCACACAUGUACUCAAUAUGUGUUUAUUUCUAUCCUCCUCAUAUCUUUCUCUCUCUCUUUCUCUUCUACCUCUCUUUACCCCCCUUUCUCUUUCUCUCUCUAGGAGUCCUACUCUGGUGAAGAAUAUGAUUUCAGGCCUGGGCUUCGGUUCCCUAAACGCCAGCUACCAGGUUAGUGUACACACACUAGUUCGCAGGUGAGGGUUGUCACAGUGACACGUGUGCGAUAGCCAGUCACAAUCAAGGGCACUAAUAUACAUUUCCUCUUAUAAUUAGUGCAUUCCCUAACGACACACACACCUGCCCUAACACUCUCACACGUACAGAAACACACCUCCCCACAGGCAAACACACACACACAUACCAACACACACUCACACACAGACGCACACACACACACACAUUCUACUCCAGCCGACUUUGACUCAGAUGAUUUAUAGCAUCAAGUAUUUGUCAAUUAAGGUCACUGAAUAAAAUUAGUGCCUGUCCUAGAAAAUCAAUUUCAGUGUCACUCCUAUCACUCCUAUCAGAUACAGACACAGGCCUCUCUCUCUCUGUUUCUCUCUCUGUCUCUCUCUCUACCCCGCUAACCAACCCCGACUCCACAUACACACACUCCCUGGGCCUCUCUCUCUGUCUCUCUCUCUGUCUCUCUCACUACCCCCCUAACCCAACCCGACUCCACAUACACACACACACCGACACCGACACACACACACACACAGACAAGCAUGCACAUACUGUACCAUUAAACCCUUGAGCAGUGAAGUGUAGAGUGCAGGAGCCCCCUAGUGGUUGUAAGGGGUUAUCCUGCAGAUUUAGUAAUAUUGCCCUUGCUCUAGUCUUCAGCAUUACUCAGUAUCAGCAAGAUCUCAACAGGACUCACCAGUCUAAGCAUCUCUAUUGCCUCAUAAAUAUAUGAGUCCUUCAUACUAACAAAAUUUAUUUGUGGAUCCAUAAGUACUUUUAGUCUAUUUGGAUGUGUGUGAGUGUCUUUUAAAGUAAGUGCCAUUCUAAACAGUGGUUAUUGUAAUGUAAACCUGUGUGUUUCUGUGUGUGUGUGCGUGUGUGUGUGUGUGGGUGUGUGUGUUAGGCGGCCCUUGCGGAGAGCAGUCUGACUCUGCUGAACAGCCAGGGCCUGGUUAACCCCUCCUCUGCCGCCAGCCUCAACAUGCUACACGGGAUGGGUCACAAUGACGUCAGCUCCACUGUGGAACAGGUCAACAGCAACGGUAGCUGCAGCCCUACACUCAGCCCACAGCAGUAUGGGUAAGACACACACACACACACUACACACAACAUAUGUAUCGCGAGAGAGGAUAAGCAGAGAAGAGCUAGAGAGUAGAGAGAGCGAGAGGUAUCUCUCCCUCUUCUAUUGCUUUGCUAGAUAAUCGAUUAUCUCCUCUCUAUCUCUCUCUCUCUAUAUCUUCUCUCUCUCUCUCCUCGCUCUCUCUCGCUCUCUCUCUCCUCUAAUUGCAUCCCUCUGUCUUUCAAGACACCAGGUCCCAUUGUGGAAGGAGGAGCCCAUGAGGUCGAGGAGGACAGACGCUCCUUGUCCGCUCAUGGCAACUGUCACUCAUGGAAACAUGGCAUUGCCUAGCGAUCGGGAUGACCGAGAUUUGGAGGAUGACCUGCCAACCGACGAGCUGGAGUAG